CGUGGAUUGGAAAGUUUGCAUCGUGGAAUCAGGAAGUCCAGAGAAGCGUCAGUGUCAAACAGAAAUCUGUGCAGCCGCUGUGAACGACUCGGAGCUGUAAAAGUGCGUCGCCAUGCUGAGAGGAGUCCUCAGACAUGUGGGUGACAGCUGAAUCCAGGCCUCCUCUCUGCUCUGAUAGUGAUUAACCAGUACCUCCAGUAGGAAUGUCCUACUGGUCCGUUGGCCUUCCCCAGGACUCUGCAGACACUCCCAGCAGCAUGGAGCCACAAAGCAGCCCUGGGGAGGAAAUGGGAGCCAAGGCAUCAUUGUUGGAGGGUCCAGGGCCCGGCUCCACGCUGGGCCCUUCUCCCACUCUGGAGAACAUCCAGGCAGCAUAUGAAGACGGAGAGGGGGAGUCUGCCAGGGAGCUGAUCCAACAAGCCUGCUGUGUGGAGUGCAGUGCAGGGAUGCCCCGCAUCGACGGGGUCCGUCUCAUGUGUGUGGCCACUCAGCACGGUGACCUGCAGAGUGUGUGUUACCUCCUGAAAGAAGCUCGUAUCACUGUUCCCCAGGAGCCGUCAAACAGCAACCCAGCCAUCCUGGCAGCGUACUACGGCCACGCCAGCCUCGUCAAAGAGCUGCUGGACUCUAUACCUGGUCCAUGUCUGAGGAGAGACUUGCUGAACUGGAUGCUGGCCACAUCCUGCCAGCAGGGUCACCUGGACGUGGUCCAGCUGCUGGUCCACGGCUACGAUGCUGAUGCCAAAGACUGCGCCAUCCACAGCGAUGAGUUUGCUGUCAUCACUGGGCUCCCGCUGUACGCUGCUGCACGAGCAGGUAAUGAGGAGAUAGCUCGCUUCCUGCUGCAGAAUGGAGCAGGAUUCUCCUCAUACACCCUGAUGGACCAUCCAGCCUUCAGCAAACAUCUCCUCAGACUCCAAAUACAGGAAACCUCCAACGCAGAAGGAGAGGAGGCUGUCAGUGUGUCCUGGAGCGGUCUGCAGCUGCCCUGGCUGGAGCUGGAUUGGUUCAUGGAUGUCUCGUCACGUAUCACCCACCUGGAUCUGUCAUCCAACAGCCUGGCUGCGCUGCCCUCUGUGGUGCCCUGGGGUCUCAUGCAGCUGCAGAAUCUGGAUCUCUCUAACAACCUGCUGAAGGAGCUGCCAGCUGCUCACAGCUCCCAGGAGGUCAUCUGCUCCAGGUUACAGCAGAUAAACCUCUCCCAGAACCAGCUCACCAGUUUACCACCUGGACUUCUCCAUCUGACCCGCAUACAGAGGAUUUCUGCUGCUAAGAACCAGCUCACCGUCCUGUUUGACAUCCCUGACACUACCAACUGGAUCGGCCUACGUAAGCUGGAGGAGCUGGACGUGUCCGAUAACUGUCUGACCAUUUUGCCCACGUCCGUCAUGCACUGUUUGAAAUCCCUGGGCUUCCUCAACGUGUGCAGGAACACACUGAGCACCUUCCCUGAUCCCUGGGCCUGUCCACUGAAACAAUGCAAAGCCUCCUCCAACGUGAUUGAGAGUCUUCCCAACACUAUCUCCAUCUUCUGGAGGACUCAGCUGCAGGAGGUGGACUUCUCUGACAACAACCUGAAGGAGCUGCCCUCAUAUAUCUUUGAGCUGGAGGCUCUGGUCUCGUUGAGAUUGUGUGGGAAUCACAUUGCGACACUCCCGGCCCCCAGUAAGUGGAAGUGCUCCCAGCUCAGGACCCUCGAUCUUUCCAGGAACCAGCUGGGCAAAACAGAGGAGGGGCCCAAAUCCAGGAGGCUGGCCUUCCUGAGUACAUGGAACAGAAGGGACCCAGACCCAGUGUGUCCCAUAGAGUUUCCCAUGAUUCUGCGGGAUUCACUGGAAGUGCUUUACUUGAAUGACAACCAGCUGGAGUGUGUUCCCCAGUCACUGUGUGGUCUGCACGGCCUUACCGAGCUCUACCUCUCCAACAAUCCUGGGAUCCGGGAGCUUCCAGCAGAGCUCAGCCAGCUGUCUAACCUGUGGCAGCUGGACACCGAAGACCUCAACAUCACUAAUGUCCCCCAGGAAGUAAGAAAAGAAGGUCCUACAUCUGUCCUGGCUUACCUCCGGGCACACCUUCGAAAAGCAGAGCCUUAUAGACUGCUGAAGAUGCUCGUGAUUGGUCCACCGAGACAGGGGAAGACGGCCCUGCUGGAGGCUCUACAGACCGGCAAGGCGGCCCCCUUCACCCCGGCAGAGUGCAGCAUCUCCACCUCCACCUGGGAGCUGGAAAAACCCAGCGGAGGCAAAAACAGCAAGGACUCAGUGGCGUUCAACGUGUGGGACAUUGGUGGUCAGGCGAGCAUGUCCACAGUGAACCAGUGUUUCUUCACUGAUAAGGCCCUGUACGUGGUGAUCUGGAACCUGGCUCUGGGAGAGGAGGCUGUGGCCAACCUGCAGACAUGGCUGCUCAACAUAGAGGCGCGAGCACCAAACUCUGCCGUGGUGGUCGUGGGAACACACUUGGAUCUCAUCGACACCAAGUUUCGCACUGAGAGACUGGCCACGCUGAGAGCUUACAUUCUGGCUCUGUGCCGAUCGCCGUCGGGGGCUCGAGCCAGCGGCUACCCUGACAUCACCUGGAAGCACCUGCAGGAAGUGUCCUGUAAGACCCUGGAGGGUUUGGAUGGGUUGAAGAAGCUGAUCUACCAGGUGGCUCUCUCCAUGAAAGACAGCAGCAGCUCAGCCUGUGGCAGUAAGCUGCUGGGCAGACUGAUCCCCAGGAGCUACCUGACACUUCAGGAAGCAGUGAUAGCAGAGAAGCAGAGGCGAGAUGCUGAGGGAGAGGUCCAAUACCUAACUGAUGUCCAGCUGGACAGUGUCAUCGAACAGAACCCAGGAAGUGACAUCAGAGACUAUGAGGACCUGCAGACUGCCAUCAGCUUCUUGAUAGAGACGGGGACCCUGCUGCACUUCCCCGACACCAGCCAUGGCCUGUGCACCCUCUACUUCCUGUGUCCUGUGUGGCUGUCAGAGUGCCUGGAGAGGAUCAUGCAUCUCAAGUCCUCUCGCUCUGUAGCCAGAAACGGAGUGAUCCGAGCUGAAGACCUCAGGAUGCUGUUGGUUGGAACAGGGUUCACCCAGCAGACAGAGGAACAGUACUUCCAGUUUCUAGCCAAGUUCGAGAUCGCUCUUCCCGUGGCAAACAACAGCUAUCUGCUGCCCCACCUCCUCCCCCCCAAGCCGGCCAUGGACAUCCACUGCUUCCGUCAGCAGACCAACAACACCCUGCAGCGCCUUGUCAAGAUGAGCUUUGUUCCUGCUGGAUUUUGGGAGCGUUUCAUUGCCAGGAUGCUCAUCAGCCUCACAGAGAUGGACCUGCAGUCGUUUGAGCACAAAAGAAACGCCAGGACGCAGCGCAACAGGAACUCUGUGAUCUACAGCUUCGCUGGAACCCAGCAGAGGAACCGCUGCAGCACCUUCAGAGUCCGACGCAGCCAGACGAUAUACUGGAAGGAGGGGCUGCUGGUCACUUUCGAUGGAGGUUACCUCAGCGUGGAGUCGUCAGAUGUGAACUGGAAGAGGAAGAAGAGUGGAGGCAUAAAGAUCAUCUGCCAGUCAGAGAUGAGAGAUUUCUCCGCCAUGGCUUUCAUCACAGACAACGUCAACUCUCUGAUUGAGCAAUGGUUCCCUGCCUUGACAGCCAGUGAGAGUGAUGGGAGUCUCCUCAUAGAGCAGUACGCACCCUGUCCGCUCUGCUCCUCACUGGGCCAACAGAAGCAGUCCGGCCACGUUGAACAGACAGAAGCACGUGGAGCAGAUGACCGGGGAGGAAGAGAAGGGGUUCAUUACUUUAACAUGGAGGACUGUGUGCUGGCUGCAGUGGAGAAGGAGUACAUCAUCUGUCCUCUACACCCUGAGCAGCCGGUCAGCCUCCAGGAGCUGGUCCCAGAACUCUUCAUGACUGACUUCCCUGCACGGCUGUUUUUGGAGAGGGCCCAGCUGGAGUACUCUGAGGAGGAGAAUAACAUCCUCGGCCAGGGGGGCAGCGGGACCAUCAUCUACCGAGCUCGAUACCGUGAGCAGCCAGUGGCCAUCAAGCGGUUUCACUUUAAGAAGUGUCGACAGCAGACCAUCAGCAGUGACACAGACACCAUGGUGAAACACCUACAGUCUGCAGACGCCUGUCGGAGCUUCUCUGAAUUUCGCCAGGAGGCCAGUAUGUUGCACUCUCUGCAGCAUCCCUGCAUCGUGUCUCUGGUGGGCAUCAGCAUCCACCCGCUCUGCUUUGCCCUGCAGUUAGCGCCGCUUGGCAGCCUCAACACUGUGCUGGAGGAGAAGCAGAAAGGCAAAGGCUCCAAGUACAUGCCCCUCGGUCACAUGCUAACCUUCAAAGUAGCCUAUCAGAUUGCAGCAGGACUGGCAUACCUUCACAGGAAGAGCAUCAUCUUCUGUGACCUCAAAUCUGACAACAUCUUGGUGUGGUCUCUGGAGUUGCGGGAUCCAGUCAACAUUAAACUGUCUGACUACGGCAUUUCUCGACAAACCUUCCAUGAGGGGGCGCUGGGGGUCGAGGGCACGCCGGGUUACCAGGCUCCUGAGAUCCGACCAGGCAUCGUGUAUGACGAGAAGGUGGACAUGUUCUCCUAUGGGAUGGUGCUGUAUGAGCUGCUGUCUGGGCGGAGGCCGGUGCUGGGACACCACCAGCUUCAGAUAGCGAAGAAGCUCUCCAAAGGCAUCCGGCCGGCUCUGGGCAGCCCAGAAGAGGUUCAGUUCUACUGCCUCCACAGCCUGCUGACCGAGUGCUGGGACACCAAGCCUGAGAAGAGGCCGUUGGCCAUUCAGUGUGUGAGGCAGAUGCAGGAGCCCAGCUUCCCCUGCCUCAGGUAUAUGCUGUCCUGUGACAUCCACUCGCAGCUCUUCCUGUCCCAGCUGCAGGGACACAGCGCAGUGUUCUGGAGCGGAGACAAAGAUAACAGGAACUACAGUGUGGUGAACGUGGAGAAGGGUCAGGUGGAGGUGAAGAGGAUGCUGUGUGCAGGCAGCAGGAUCAGCUGUCAGAUGAAGAUGGGGAACGUUCUGUGGAUGGCUACUGAGGAGCAGGAAGUUUUCAUCUACAGUCUGAAGGACAUGUGUCCCCUCAGUCAACCCCAGAAACAGUUCUCAUGUCCAGCCGUCAUCACCUGCCUGUUUCCUGUUCCAGCGAGAGAACAGAGCCUGGCCAGAGUGUUUGCGGGGAUGUCUGACGGCCUGGUGGCGGUGUACAGCCUGGUGGAGGACGUUCCCCUGGAGGGAGAGACCUACCUGUGUUCACACACUCUCAACAAGACGGUGUUUGCUCUGAAGGACACAGAUCCCAGGCAGAGACCCUACCCAGUCAAGAGCAUGGCACUGGUCAAUAGCGGCUCCCAGUUAUGGUUCUCCAACGGUCCGGGCGUGCUGGUCAUCGACUGUCUGAGUCUACAGGCAGUUCGAAGGCUGGAGCCCUACAACCCGCCAUCCUCCAUCGUAUCCAUGGCAACCAGCUUCAGUCUAUGGGGAGAGGAGGCCGUCUGGACCCUGGACGACCACAUGAACACUCUGCUGCUCUACCACGCUGCCUCCUACCAUCUCUGCGCCAAGUACUGCUGCGGAGACAGCAACCCUCUUCGGGAUGUCUUCACUGUGCAGCGUCCUGCUGGGGUUACCAGGGUGACAACCCCUGAACUCAAGACCUCAGAUCAGGAAGAGAAGCAGGGAUGGACUAACGGAGAAGUGACAUUGAUCUACAGCGAGGAGGCAGGCACCCAGAUCAUCCAGCACCAGGAUUCACUGACAGACUACUGCUCAUUAUCAUCCAACUGCUCCCUGGAGCCGCUGGGGUCAGACUGUUCCAGCACCGCAGGCCGCGCCUCAUUAGACAGCCACAGCAGUGUGCCUCCGCCUGCAGACUGGGAGGAGACGGAGCAGCAGGCAUCCACUGGCCCAGAGUCUGACCGAGACACUGCAGAGAGCGUGAAGGCCACGCCACCUCAGCUGAGAGCCUUCACUGUGCUGCCAGUGAGCGGAGCUCUGUGGAUCCCCAGGCGUGGAGGUGACGUGAUGGUCAUUGAAAUGCAGUCGCAUGGCGAUGAGCUGAGGGGGCGUGUCAUCGCUGUCCUCAGUCCACCUGGAUGUUCGUCUUUGGGGAUCUUGGAGGAGGCAGCAGUAGUGGCAAAGGACACAGUUGUAUGUGGCUUUCGUAAGGAAAACAUGGAGUGGUGCCUGUGUGUCUGGAGGGGCUGGGGCUGCCGCGAGCUGGAAGUCUUCUACCAGUCUUACGAGGAGCUUGGCCGCUUGGAGACCAGCAUGAGGAAAAGAAGGUAGCUGUUGUGCUGCGUCGGUGAGGCGCAGAAUUGCAGCUCUGUACGGAGGGCGAGCCGAGGGGAAUACACAACGACAGACUGCCAGUGUUCAGAGCAGGGGGCCGCCGAACGCUGACAUCAGGGCAACGUAGGAGGGGGGAGGAGGUGUGCUGUAAGGGCCAAGCCUCCAGCUGUGCACAGUGGUUACAUCCCCUCACUACUUAAGUACAAAUAAGACCUGAAUAUCUGUAAUGCCACAGCAGACAGGAAGCUGAGUCACAGAUCAAACUUUACUUCUGCUCAGAGGUUUAAACGUUGGUCACAUAUUCAUAUUUAGCCUGUUUGGUAUGACUGGAAUUCAGUUCAAGAUGUGGCGGAGUGUUUGUGUCUGACUCCAGCUGCUGCAGGCCAUUGUUUAUUCUUUCUGUCUAUUUCAGUCUCCCCUCAUUUAACUGUUCCAAUCUGCAACUUUAUGGACAGGGACAUUGUAAGUAUUGAGUCUUUUUAAAUGAAGCUGGUGCUGCUGGGAAACAGCUGUUUGCUGGAAACAAACAGCAGGUUGUAGAUGACACUGAACACAGUGUUCCUGUCUUUAACUGUGCCAUAUGAAUCUGCAUCCCAGCCACAGCUCCCAUUGUUACCAGAGCGGUCUGUAAGCAACAAACGAACAUCUGUGAUUGGCGCAACAUUAUGCAACAGACCAGUGGUUCCCAGCUGCUGUCAUUAAAACCUGAUGCUUUGGCAGGUUCUCAGAGAUAAAAGACCACUUUAUGUUUUUUUAAAUGAGGCUCCACUGCGGCUUCAGACACCACAGUGUGUUUCCUGCUCAACUCUGUCCCACUUGCAUCUGUAUCUCAGGAGAACAGAAAGUCAUCAGUACUGGAUGUGAUGCCAAAGACAGAAGCUGGUGCAUGUGCACAUUUGACAUAAUGUAGAAGACAACAGUGGAUCAUUAAUUCAGUUUGUUGGAUACAGAGGCCCCGUCCACACCUACACAGAUAUUUAAGUGCAAUAUCCUGUGGUGCUGCAGAGAUGCCCUGGCCUAAAAAUUAUUUUCCAGGUGUAAAGGGGACAUGCUCGUUAGGUAGAGACCCCAGCAAAAAUCACAUCAUCAUCAUUUUUAUAUAUUUUUUCAGUGGAACUAAAAUGCAAAAAUUACCUUUCCCAUAAAAAUUGCAACUCAUAUUGCAGUCGCGAUAUUUGUCAAAAUAUUCACAAUAUGAUUUUUUUUGCCUACCGUGCAGCUCUAAUCAACACUAAAUGCAUAACAACUCCAAACACUCGUUAAAUUUAGCUGUCAACUGCGACGCAAAGAACUCAUUAUCCCUGAUUCAUACAAGGACAGGUAUAUAUGUUUACCUGUCACACCUUACCAACAACAGUCCCACUCUCGAAAGUGUCUCACAAUCUGCUGGUUCAACCGGAUCUGAUCCAAAUUAUUUUUUAGGCAGACGUUACCACAGACGCUGAGAUGGACCAAAUAACACUGGGCAUGGCAGACACCUCCGUUCGUCUGUGAAGUGGUGCAGCAGUACUAAGGUUAUGUGUGAACUAUUCAUUAGACCAAGUGGUGAUAAGAAAACAUUAGCAAACCGGUAGUCUGUUGUUGGUUUUUUAUCUGGCUCAUGCUCAUUACUCAAAGCAACAAUGGGCAAUGUACAAAUUGAGAUGAUGUCAUCGCCUUCCAAACACUCCCUUUUACACGUCCACACAGAUACACAGUAAUCAGAGUUUUGAAAAAUCUUAACCUUAGAGGGUGUUUCAAAAAAUCUCUGUUUUAGUGACAUAAUGGCUUGUUUGUGUGAACGAGAGGCCAAAUAUAUGCUGGCCUAUAAACACCGCUUGUUCUUAUUUUCUUAAAUUUCUGGUGUUAUUAAAACCCUGUCUGCAUGUAUACAGAUCAUUUUGAAACCUGAUAUCUGUCUCUACGUUUUGGCCUCUUGUCCACAUGCAAACAGAGGUUUAGGUCCCUAAAACAGAGAUUAUUUAAAGUGCCUUCUAAGGUGAAGAUUUCACCUUAGACAAUCUUCUUAAUUUGUCCACGCCCACUGUUGCUUUGUAUAAUGAGUUUGCAACAACACCGCGGACUAACUCACCGGCUUGUUUACCUUUUAUUAGCACUGCUUGGUCGAAGGACUACUUUACACCUAAUAUGACUGCACAACUUCACAGAUAAUCAGAGGCGUCUGCUGCACCCAUCCGCGUUUUUUAAGUCUACUAUAAACAACGGUUUUGGAUCACCAGGCCCAGUCGAAUCAGAAGAUGCUGGAACAAUUUAUAAAGUGGGAUUGCUGUCGAUGAGGAGUGGAAGGAAACUUUUGCAUCACUCUGUGUUUUAGUUGAGCUCCUUCGUCCAUGUAUCAGAGGCGAAGGGGAGACUGCCGUACACACUGGCGACCAUUUGGAGUUGUUUUUGCAUUCUAGUUUGGACAGAGAUAUCUUGUAAAAUAAAGGUCAUGUGGACAGAACUUUUAAAAUGAAGAGGGAAAAUAUCUGUUUUUUUAAAUUUCCGUACACAUUCAGAGGGACUAAAAUACACCCACCGAUACCAUCAGUACCUUCAGGUGUCACCAAAUCAUCCAUAACUGAAAUCAGCUGGACUUCCGCCCCCAUGAGGCCGGUACAGUGUGCUGAAUGCUUCCCAUGGGUGUUUUAGUUUUAUCUUUCACUGUACAGUGGUACAUAUCAGUCCAGGUGACACCUCUAUUGCAGAAGUUUGGACUUGAAUCAAAGGACUUGGACUCAGGUCACACGUUUGAAGACUUUAGACUCGAAAAAAUCAAAAAAUGACUUGCAACUUGACUCGGACUUUAACAUCAAUGACUCAUUUCUCUCAACUGAUUUGAUUUGAAAAUACUUGAUACCUGAAGAAUGCGCUACAAAUCAGUUAAUUUCCUUAUCAAAAACAUUAACACUAUUCACUCCCUGUAAGUCGACACUUAAUUCCCCAGACCCACUUUGUGUGAGCCAAUCAGACAGCACCCUGCUAAGUUGCAGGAGAGAGCCAAAUGUUACAUUACUGAGCGCUAGUUGGAAAAAACGUUACCAAAGAUAAUUUAAUUCACGUAUAAAAAGAUUGCAAUUUGUUGAAUUUCAGACUGCAAAUCUUGGAGGAUGAAGAUGCAGCAACUUCAUUUGACAUUUGAGGUUGCACAGGGAACAGUGAGUCGAGGCCAGUGAGAAAAUAGUCAGUGAGCUCAUGUUAAAUGAAUGCUAGCUUAACAGCAAAGGGAGUUUUUAGCAAAUUUGUUUUAAUAGAUAAGGGAAAUUUUAAAAACAAUCAUGAUUUCUGUAAAUUUAAUACUGUAUUAUAAACAUUACAUAUGUGAAAGAGGGCUAAGGACUUGAAACAUGUUCAGGACUUGAGUGCAAAUGAUUGAGACUAACUCGUGACAUGCAAAACAAUGACCUGUUCCCACCUCUGGUCUAUAGACUCAAUCAGAGACACUGAUGAAAGAAACUCUCUGAGUUACAGAUGUCAGAGGAACAGUCCAUAUCUACAAGAGAGGAAAAGACUCAGUGCUCUCUAGGCUCGCUAUCCAGCCAAACAUAAGCCCUCAGUUUCACCAAAAUAUCCAAAAUGUAUCACGUAUAAGUUUCUGCUCUCUCCUUGCUCCCUGGUCUAUCCACACAGCACCAGUGUCAGCAGCUGAGCUCACAGAUUGCAGACAGAUUCAUGCAGCACCACUGAGAGCAGAGCUUUGGGUGAAGUGUUUGCUUAAUGAUGUGGCGACAAUAAAAAGCUGUCAGUCACAGUGUAGAGGCUGAGAGGAGCCCAUCACUCCCCGCAUCAUGGUUUUACAUCUUUUUAAUCAUUUUAUCUUUACAACCAAAUCUGUUUUUCGCCGUUUUACAUUGGCAUAUUUCUACGGUGGCCAGUAAAGAAGUGUAUAUUGUAGCCUGGUGGUGAGGCAGAGGUUAUGUAUUUAUCAGAACGUGUAAUGAAAUGGAAGCUGUUGUGUAAAUAUCUGCUGUACAAUAUGUUACUAAAUAAAGUUCUUAUGAUAA